ACCGAGUGAAAGCUAAACAGUACAUAACUACAUUUAUCUACUGCUACACUCUUAUUUGAAAGAAAUAUAAAACCACUAUUAUAACAAUCAUAUUACUUCAUCCAAUUGGAAUCCCCAAACAUGACGUUCACCACCUCCCCCCCAACCCCCGAAUACGCCCUGCUCUCCUUUCCAACCCCCCAGAUCCUCCUGGUGACACUCAACCGCCCACGCAGUCUCAACUGCAUCAACACAAAGGGCCAUCAAGAGCUCCACGCCAUCUGGGAAUGGAUGGACUCGGAACCGUCGUUGCGCGUGGGCAUCCUGACCGGAGCGGGGAGGGCGUUCUGCGCCGGCGCAGAUCUAAAGGAAUGGCAAGGUAAAGCCAACUCCGGCGAAGACCUCACCCCUCGAUCCGGGUUUGGCGGACUCUCGCGCCGCACAGGGCUCAAGCCGGUGAUCUGCGCGGUAAACGGCCUCUGUCUAGGCGGAGGCAGCGAGAUGGCCAUCAACGCAGAUCUGGUGAUUGCCAGCCAGGGGGCUGUGUUUGGGUUUCCGGAGGUGAAGCGCGGGGUGGUCGCUAUUGCGGGCUCGCUGCCGCGGCUCGUGCGGACGGUCGGCCGUCAGCGCGCAAUGGAGAUGGUUCUCACGGGGCGGCAGGUCUCGGCUGUCGAGGCGGAGAGAUUCGGCUUCGUCAACGAGGUGGUUCCUUCCGAUGAUGCUGCUGCUACGAAUGGUGCUCCUGGGGCCGUCGUGCGGCGCGCAAUCGAGGUGGCCCGGGAAAUCGCGGAAAACAGCCCCGACGCCGUCAUUGUCAGUCGCGAGGGAGUCAAGAUCGGCUGGGAGGGUGUCGGCGCGGAGGAUGGUACGCGGAUGCUUAUCGACGGUUGGUCGAAGCGUCUCUACGGGGGAGAGAAUAUCAAGGAGGGCUUGCUCGCGUUUGUAGAGAAAAGGAAGCCCAACUGGUUCGACAGUAAACUGUGACUUGCAUAUGGAGAAAGUGCGGAAGGCACUAACUAUAGCAGGUUGUUGUUACACCCUGGCGGGCUCUGUGUAGCUAUAUCUAGGUAAUAUACGAAUGAUACUACAGAAAUAAUAAAAAAAAUAAAAUCACUUUGUUG